UGAAACAACCAACAUUAGUGUAGGUACUUUGUCCCAUAAUGAUGUCAUGUCAUGACCGACAUUAACAGGUAAAAAUAUAAGAAAAUGUCAGUAUAACCUAUAUAAAUACGCGCGAAAAAUGAUAAAAAUUUUCUGGAAAAAAUAUUGAUAAUUGCAGAUAAAUGAAGCAAUCUUAUCUCGAAUUAUGCCACAGGAUAUAAGAAGAUUUUUUUCGGUAAUAUCGAAUAAAAAUACUACAUCCAAAACACCCGAGACUAAAAAGAAGGUCAAACGUUUGGUAGACUCUGAUGAUGACGAUGACAUUAUUGUGUCUACUCCGGAACAAAGCAAAAAGAAAAUUGAGAAAAGUAAAAGAAAAUCUGAAAAAGCCAUAGUAAUUGUUUCAGAUUCUGAUGUGGAACCGGAUAAAAAAGAAAUAAAGUUGAAACCAGUGGACAUUAAUGAUGUAUUUAGUGAUAAACCGAUUAAACAGAAUAUUGGGACUCUUCCUAGAGGGGAUGCAGUCAAAGUUGAAUCAAAACUAUUGAACAAACCUAAUAAAAAGAAAAAGGUAAAAACUGAAGUUGGCGUACAUAAUGAUGAAGCUUUUGAGAAAACUCUAUUGGAACUAGAUGAUGGUUUAUUGUCAGAUAAUUUGGAGCUUUUAGAGCAAUCUCUUAAUGAUGCUUUGGAAGAAAAUACCAAAACUAAAAAACGUAAAAGUCCAAAUGAAAAAACAAAAACUAAAAGGCCCGAAACAGAUGGUAAAGAUGAGGAAAUUAAAUCUAAACAGAAAAAAUUUGAAACUGAUUUACAUCCCGAUGAGGCGUUUAAGAAAACUCUAAAAAAUUUGGAUGAAGAAAGUUACAAAAACAAAAAAACUAAAGUAUCUCCUAAAGCGACAGAUUCUGGAAGUAAACAAAGUAGUUCGAAUGAAGAUACUCCUAAUAAACCGAAAGAUAAUAAGAAAAAUAAAAGGCAACGAACUCCCUCAGAAGGAUCUACUCCGAAAAAACCAAAACUGGACGAAUCUAACUCAGAAAUUGACCCCGAUCAAGAAAGAUUUGAAAAAAAAAGGUAUUCGGCUAUGUUAUACCAAAAGUAUUUGAACAGAAGCGGCCCAAAAAUGCACGGACAAAAAGAAAUACCAAAGGGAAAAUCUAAUUGUUUAACUGGUCUCACAUUUUUACGUACUGGUGUAUUAGAUUCAUUAGAAGGUGAAGAAUUUCUGAAUCUAGCAAAAGAACACGGUGGUAGAGUCGUACAUGCUGUUUCAAAGAAAGUUAAUUAUGUAGUAGUUGGUGAGGAUCCUGGUCCAGCAAAACUAGAAAAAGCUCGUGGCUAUAAAAUACCCGAAAUAAACGAAGAUGAAUUUUUUGAUUUGAUUUUAGUCAAAUCUGGAUUAAAACCAAAGUAUUCUAAAAAAUCUCAAGAUUCUUACGAUUCGGGAGUGUAUUCAUUUGAGGAUGAUGAUAAACAGGAUAAGAAAAAACAAAAGGAUUGUGAUGAAGUAUCAGAAAAGAAGAAAAAGAAACAUAAAAUUGAAGAACAAGAUAAAAAAUUUGAUGAGUUCAAAAAAGUAGCUAAGACAACUUCAGUUGCGAAUGAAAAAGAAGAUCAAAGUCACACCAAAACAGAGUCGAAAAGGGACAAAACUAAUAAAGGAAACUCAAAGACAUCAUCAUUCUGGACUAAUUCUUCCAAACCUAGUAAAUCUAUAAAAUCUAAAUCUCCUUCAAAGGCAAGUGUUAAUUCAUCAGAAUCUACUGAAAAUCGUAAAAAUAUCGACUCAAUCCAAUCUGUAAACUUUUAUUCAAAUAAUAGAGAAAAAUCUGUAGAAUCUCUAUCUGUUUCAUCAGAAAAAGAUGAAGCAACAGUAUCUUUGUCUCCAACUAACUCGAUGGCAUGGACUGAUAAAUAUAAACCAAUCGAUACAAAAGGUAUAAUUGGUCAACAAGGGGACGGCAGUAACAUGAAUAAGUUAAGCACAUGGUUAUCUAACUGGUAUAGAAAUCAAUUACCUGCAGUGAGAAAGAAGAUACCCCGACCCUCUCCUUGGGCUAAAAAUGAUAAUGGAGCGUAUUAUAAAGCUGCUUUGUUGAGUGGACCACCAGGAGUUGGUAAAACAACUACAGCAACCUUGGUAUCCAAAGCGUUAGGUUUUGAUGUAGUUGAAUUUAACGCGUCUGAUACUAGAAGUAAAAAGUUAUUACAAGAAGAAGUAGCUCAACUUUUAAGCACAACUACAAUUGCAGGUUAUGCAGCAGGUAAAGCAAGGACUGACAGAAAGAGGGUUCUUCUAAUGGACGAAGUUGAUGGUAUGGCAGGCAAUGAAGAUAGGGGUGGGAUUCAGGAAUUGAUAAAUUUAAUAAAAACAACAAGCGUUCCAAUUAUUUGUAUGUGUAAUGACAGAAAUCACCAAAAGAUGAGAUCGUUGGUGAAUUACUGCUUUGAUUUGAGAUUUGCUAAACCUAGACUCGAACAAAUUAGGGGCGCAAUGAUGUCGAUUUGUUUCAAGGAAGGCUUGAAAAUAUCACCAAACGUACUUUCAGAAAUAAUUGCAGGUACAGGCUGUGACAUUCGUCAAAGUUUGAAUCAUCUCACUAUGUGGGCGGCUCAAAACAAAAAUAUGUCUCUAGAAGAAGUUCAAAGUAAAGCGAAAGAAGCCAAAAAGGAUACAGUUCUCGGGCCUUGGGAAGUUGUUAGGAUGGUAUUUACAGAAUCUGAACAGAAGAAUAUGACAGUAUCAGAUAAGAUUAGAUUAUUCUAUUAUGAUUACAGUAUGGGGCCUCUUUUUGUACAAGAGAAUUAUUUGGGUAUUACUCCUAAAUGUCCUAAAUCUGAAGUUAUGAAACGUGUUGCUUUGGCAGCUGAUUCAAUCAGUAAGGGCGAUUUGGUUGAUGCCAAAAUAAGGAGUUCAAAUAAUUGGUCCUUAUUAGAAUCUCAAGCUAUGUACUCAUCAGUUUUACCAGGUUAUUACAUGUCCGGUCAUGUUUCAUCUAGAAUCAACUUUCCAGGAUGGUUGGGCAAAAAUUCUUCUGCAAAUAAGAGAAAGCGAAUGCUCAAUGAGUUACAUGUUCACACUAGAAUGAGUACAUCUGGCAACGUUGUGGCCAUGAAACUCGAUUAUUUGGUGCCGUUAAGAAACGCAAUAAUUACACCUCUUUUAAAAUAUGGCGUUGAUGGUAUCCAACAAUCAAUAGCGGUUAUGGACGCUUACACUUUAUUGAGAGAAGAUCUGACUAAUAUUUUAGAAUUAUGUCACUGGAAAGAUGAUAAAAAUCCAUUUAAUGACAUUGAUUCGAAGGUGAAGUCGGCAUUCACGAGGGCGUACAAUAAAAUAGGACAUAAGUUACCGUUUGCUCCCGGAGCUGGUUUUUCCAAAAAGAAGUCUCGAGAUGAUAAUCCAGAAAAUGAAGAUAAUAUACUCGAAUCUGAUGAAGAUGAUGAACAAGAAGACAAUGAAGAUGUAAACGUUGAUUCUUUGAUAAAAAUUGGAAAAACAAGCAAAAAAGAAACCACCAAACCCAGUACAAGCAAAACAAAAGGAAAAGCCAAGAAACAGAAGUAGUAUAUUUUGUUUCAUUUAAAUUUUUAAUUUUAAAAUUUUCAUGUUCUUCAUACAUCUGUUUUGUUUUUGAUUUUUUAUAUACAUAAAAUAAUUAUUUCCAUAAUGGUUUUUAAAUAUAAAUCUAAGCGUUUGAAAA